AUGGGCGGAUGCAAAAGCUUCAACGAGAUCUGGCAGCGCUACCAUGAUCUGACGCCGACCAUUGCGCUCGGAGACAAGCCUGUGAACCUCGGUCCGGUGAUUCGACACGCGACUGCUGUCGCUCGCGAGGUCACGGGGUUCCACAUGCUGAUCGUGCUCGUGAGCAGUCAGUUGGCGAACGAGAGCCUUGCGGAUACCGCGCAGGCAAUCGUAGACGCGUCUGCACUUCCGCUCUCAAUUAUUGUCAUCGGAAUGGGAGAUGGUCCUUGGGACAACAUGAAGGUGCUGGACGACCAGCUCCCUCAGCGACAGUUCGACAACUUUAACUUCGUGAGCUUCCAGAAGGUGCGGCACACUGCUACGGAGGAGCAGAAGGUGUUCGUGCACCGGAUCCAGGACGACAACGCGGAGCCCACGGCGGCGCCGUGCGAGCUCGACCCAUUGGAUCUCCUCUUCACGCUGCAGAUCAUGAUGGAGGUGCCGGCGCAGUACAACUGCAUGUGCAAGUUGAACCUCCUCUAGCAAGCCUAGCUGUACCGCGCGGACUCGAGGACGCCGCAGCCAUCACCCUGCAGUCAAUCGCGACCAUGAUCGCGGGCAGUAGCCCUCCCUGAAAUAUAAAGCGACUGAAUCGCCC